UCUGAAUGGGGAAGACGGGCUCGCAUCGCAUCAUGUCCAAUCGAUCCCUGCUCGGGAGGAGCGACGGGAGAGCAACUAUCACUCCUGCAUCACUACACCAUCACUCUCAUCAGCAUCUCUCCGGCGACUGUAACGCCUCUGUGUGACAGACUCACGCAAAGGGGGGAUAAACUUGUGUGGAGUGUUCGCCAAAAACAUCAGCCCGCUGCCGUUUUGGGGGGAAUUACGCACUUCUGAUCACUUUCUCCUCAGUCUGAUUUUCAGAUGGGACUCAGCGAGAUCAUGACAAAUAGGACCACGUCGCUAUUGCGCGAACCCUGUUUUCUCACCCGGUUCCGGAGGGCUGGUUCUCCGGCGUGGCAGUAGCCCUCCUCACUCCUGGUGGUGCUCUGGCUCCGGGACCUGGACGAGGAGGCUCUAAAGGAUUUGCCCCGUUUAGUCUGGAAAACAAACCAAAAAUCCGUGGAGUUGGAACAGAGUGUGGCAAAGCGCUCCAUUAUCUCACCUGGAUCCUUUACAGUUGCCAGUAAUCAUGCCAUCGAUGUUAUAGAUUUGGACCUUCAUACAAGGCCAUCGGAGGCCACUGAGGAAGCGUAGGGCAGACUGGCCUCCCUGACAGAGUGUCUUUGUACCUCCUUUCUCCAGAGGCUUCUUCUGUUUGAGGUGAGGAAGAGGAGAAGCAGAAGGAAGACGAGGAGGUGUGUGUGAAUGCAACCAUGGCCUGUGCCCUCUGUCCAUAAAGAAGCUGCACAUCGGAGAAGACACCAAAGGAGACAGAGACGACCAACAGGAUGAAACUGUGGGGGAGGUCAGCUUGGCCUUGGCAGGUGGCCUUUCUUGUUACCUUGGUGAUGCUCUGCGUUGACCCGGCGUCUGCCGCCAACCGUAACCAUCGGGGACCGACAGUAUCCUACCAGGUGAAGCAGGGGACAUGUGAGGUGGUGGCUGUUCAUCGCUGCUGCAAUAAGAAUAAGAUCGAGGAGCGCUCUCAAACCGUCAAGUGUUCCUGUUUCCCAGGGCAGGUCGCCGGCACCACCAGAGCCAGACCCUCCUGUGUGGAAGCCUCCAUUGUAGCCCAGAAGUGGUGGUGCCAGAUGCAGCCGUGUAUGGAUGGAGAGGAGUGUAAAGUCCUACCUGACCUGACUGGCUGGUCCUGCAGCACCGGCAACAAAGUCAAAACCACCAAGGUCACACGAUAGCAAGAGAGCCACUUAGCCACGAGGAAACCUGAAACUUUCCAUGUGGAAAGGAUGGAUGACUCACACAUAUUUACUGUACGAUGGGGAAAACUAUCAAGGAAGGGACUGCUGUCAAGAUAUCCAUCUCAAAGCUAUGGGAUAAAAUGUACUCAUCGUAAACUGUGUACACUCGGCCAAGUGGAGCCAAACAUACAGCAUAUUUACUAUGCUGGUUGUUGAGACCAAUGGACUGCAAUCAGGGUACAUCUGGACAACAAAGGGACUCUUAUUUUCCAAUAAUGGACAGUGUGGAUUGAUCCAAAAUGGUUGAAUCCAAACGUCGAUUAAGCAUUUCAAAGUAUAUAUUUCAACAAAGCAUUUGUGGAUGAGUGCGAGGUAUGAACUGAAAGCUGUGCUGACAGUGUUGCUGGACACAAUCCAGACCUGUUGUCGAUGUGUAGAAGUUAUACUGGAAACAGUGGAGAUGAUUUGGGAGGAGUGAAACAGCAGCUCAUAACUAGCAAAUAGCAAAUUAGCAUCAAAUAGCUCUUGUGGGUCAAGUCACUACCAUGAAGACUGUUUUGCGGGAGUCAUUUUGCAGUUCUAAUUAGGAAUUGCAGUAGGAUCAUAACAACAUAUUAAAAAUUCAUGUAAGAUAUUUGCACUAGUCGAAACCAUUGGGGAAUGUUUUGUUUUUCUAGAUAUCUCCCAUGUUUUGCUGUGGAUGUCACAUGAAAUUGAAGGUGAGCAUUUUGUAAAAUGUCUGACACUUGAAGUAGAUAAAUAUGUAUAUCACAAUCCAGUAAAUCUGAGUAGUUAUUGAUUAAAAAUGACUCAGACUAUCGAGCUUCGCUUGCAUACAGCUUGGAACAAUAUGAACUAGCAAAUUGUGAUUCAUCAUUCGUCUGUCUCGCUCUUUUUUUUUUUUUUUUUUUUAGCCCAGAGACAUUUCCAAGCUCAGCCUUCAAAGUUAUAUAUCUUUGAUCUAUUAUAUUCAGUCUGUGACAUCUCUUAUGUUAACUGUUAAAAGGAGGCCCAUAAAUAUUCAAACAAGGAGGAUGAAGUUGUCUUUAUGUUGUUCUUUCACUUCAUUGGAAAAUCUCUUCUACUUUCGUUCCCUAAAUUUCCUGGUUCCUAAUCUUUAAAAGCACUGUAAAUAGUAAACAUACAAAUGAAUAGGUUUCUUUUCAGGAGAUGCAUGUUUUUCUAUUUGCACAUUGCCUAUUGAUUGUCUCCAGAAUUCCCCUCCACAUUGCUGCUUCAGUGAGAUAUACUGAAAUAAUUGCCACGGAUAAUGGCAGUUCAACCCUUUGCAAACAUGUUUUUUUUCUCUACAUGCCGCAAUCAUUACUGCACUGAACACAAUAGCAUAGCGCCCUGAACCACCAUCAUACAUCUCUCCAUUAUUUCUGUCCAGUCUCCCUCUCACACUCCCCUUUCCUUUGAAUCUUCCUGUGCCUCUCUUGUGCCUCUGACUCUUUUUUUUCUGCCAUAAUGCUUAUCAUACUAAAGAUGGCAUAGUUAAAGUAGUUUUCGUGCAAUCUGUCCCACACACUGUAUCUUAAUUUCUCAGCUGUUUGAACUAGUAUGCAGCUUUUUUGCUUUCAUGCUUUCCAAAUCGAUUUUUUUCCUCUUACGGACACACAUCCAAAUGCAAGUCUCUCUAAAACUCUAUCAGUCUGCCUCUGUGAUAUGUGAAUGUGUCGGGUCAGUGUGCCCAGGGGUUAGCCUGCUGGGGGCUGCUCCUCUGUGAAUGAGAGCCUCUGCUUUCAGACAUGCUGCCUUGCGAGCUAUGAUAAAUCUGUGGGAGCUCAGCCACUAACUCUGCGGCUCCAACGCUGAGCUCUGAGCCAGAGGGAGCUUGGGGACAGCAGGGCUACCAGUGGCAGGCAGCUUCACUCUCUCAUUACUGAGAGGCCUGGAUAGCGCUGGGCUUCUCUCGGGACCACUGACAUGGAAUAUUUUUAGGCUUACGGUGCAGCACUGCAGUUAGGCCGGUCACACCACACUGCUCUCUUUCCAUGAGCAGCGUCACAGGAACAAUAGUCCAUUUAGAGUGGAAAUACAAUGACAUUCUGCAGCCGCAUUCACGCUCAAGAAUACACUCACACCCUAGUCACAUAAACUCACCUUUUCAGACUUUCACCGGCUUCCCACUCUUUCACACCCACACAUGUACACUGAUGUGGAAGAACAGGAAUCAGCAGACAAGUCUUAAUUACUGCAAACACAGGGCAAAAUAUCUCUAGGAGUAUGCAACAUCAACUGAUUUGAAGGAUCUAUUUCCUUCUCCUCCCCUCCUUUCCCUCACCCCCAGAGAUUUCAUGUUCUGUAGAUGAGCCUGGCGCCUUGCUCCUUCUGUCCUACAUGGUUCUCUGCAGCAGAAUCAAUAUUUGAGGACUAUUUGCACCGCGCUGCUCCCUGGUGGCUGGGGUUUGACGCUGCAGCUCCACCCUCGGCUUCAACCAUUUUUAGAAAGGUAGGGAAGAUUCACACUUGGUCUCCAGUCACCAGUAUUUAAGAAUAAAGUCUGCAGAGUGCACAGCAUAUACAUUUAAUACCGCUGUGCAGGCUAGCCAGCCCUGCAGCAGAGCAGACGCACGCUCCUCCGCCUUUGCCAAUUUAUAAGAAGGAAAUUGACUGAACUUGCAAAGAGGCCUCAAGGUAUCUUGGAGGAAUUUAAAUUACCAUAUUCCCCCUUAAUGAGAUGUUACAUAGCAUGCAAAUUUAACAGACAUCAGUGCCUAUCCAAGGGUGCAUACGGUGUCCAUCCUUUGUGUAAAAAAUAAAAACAAACUCUGCUUACAACCCCCUUGUUAUCAACUAAGUUUCAAACAUAGUCAAAGAGACCUAUUUAUUGUAUGAACUGUGCUUAUAGACCACAUUAUCCAGUGUGAAAAAUAAUCUUAUUUUUAACUGGGAGGAGAUGUGUCUGUAGUGUGUCAGUGGGGGUCUAACCUCAAACGCCCCAUCAACACUGCAUGCUUUCAUCUCCACGGGUUAGCAACUGGUGCAACCCAGAGGGCAGCAUCCACAGACGCAAACAAGCAGCGUGGAGGAAAUGACUGCAGAAUUUCAUACUAAUGAGAGAAUAGGCAGUUUGAGUGAGAACGGAAAACUGAAGAACAAUGAGCUACCUAGAAGAAAAAGCAGAGAUAAAGAGGUAUAGCUAUAGUGUUUGAGCGAGGGGGAGUGUGUGAAGAGUAUUUUAAGUACGUCUUUGUUUAUGCACUAAGCCUGGGUGGCUCCCAAGAGGACACUUGCAUCGUCAAACCAAACGCCUCCAAUAGUCCAUCAUCACACUCGUUGGCAAUUCACACAAUCAGUACCUGGAGAGGGAGGAAAUAAAGGGGAUGAAACACUGUU